GCCAUCUGCCCUGCAUGCUGCACACCAGCGGCUCCACGAGAAGCACAGCUUAGGAGUUGUUAGCUGUGUAGGGGAGACAUAUUUUGGGGCUGAUGGUCAUCUUGAACUUUCAGGGCAUCCCUAUCUUUCCAUUUACACUCAGAGGCCCUCCAGGCCCUCCAUAGACUGCUCCCUCCAUGGAAGUGCCAGCUCUGCCCCCCUCUUCUCACAAAGUACAAGACUUUUCCCAAGUACCGGCGCAGACUCCCCAGGGGGCUGGUCACCGACUACACUUGGGUACGAUCCUUUCUCCUUCCAUCCGUAUCUCACAUGUGGGCUGAACAUGUACCACCCCAGUAAAGAAAAUGGAUCAUACCUGGGGAGAGGAUGUGCACCAGGGGAGCAAAACAUCGGCAGAUCAUUUGAGUGGCUGAAAGUAAGGAGGAAAUCUUAUAAAACAGCCAGGCCAGUAGGACAUGGCUUUAAGAGGGAUCUUGGUGCAUCUCCGAGGACUAAUUUCACAAUCAGACAGCUUACUGAGUUGGAGAAGGAGUUUCACUUAACUCAUUGUUUGACCCCGGCUCGACGUGUUGAGAUUGCUUCAAUACUGCAUUUAAGUGAGGCCCAGGUCAAGAUCUGGUUCCAGAACAGAAGGAUGAAGCAGAAGAAGUGGAACACAAAGUUUAGGGAACACAAAGCGUUAUCUACUGGAGAAGACUCAUCACUUUCAGAUAAGUCUGAAAUGUCCCCAACUUCAUCACCUGUAAGAAUCAGCAACACCAUCAGCUCAGAUUACUUUGAGCUGUGA